CUGUCCACAAGAAAUUCCCCAACAGUGUAUGCAAAAUUUUUCAAGAAGUACAACUUCGAAAGAUACACUUUCGAGCCCGGAAAUCCUCUGGAGCAGGAAUUCCAGCGGCUAGCUAAAGCCCGGCAGUGGGGAGUGGAGAGCACAGCCAAACACCAUGAAUUGUUACACCGUGCCAUACGCCUCGCGGAGUUCUUUGAGCGGUUUGAAGAUAGCGAGGUGGUAGGAGGGUACAAAUACUCUCCGGAGGCUGAAAGCCCCGUAGAGUUCUCGCGACUAUGCACGGUGAAGGGGUGGGAUGAGGGUAGGAUUGCUGUUGUGAAGAAGGAGUAUGAUGAAUUGACGGGGGUAACUAGUCGAAAGAGAAAGGAUAGCGCAUCAGACAGUAAAGGCGAUCAGAAGGAAGAUGUCCUAGAAGGACACACCGCCAUUGCAAAGUUUUUCAUCAAGAAUCGGUGCCCCGGGUACUCGUAUAGAUAUCGAUCCUCCGAAGUCGAGUUCCGGGAGCUGGUUGAGGUGAGAAAAGCUAUGUGGAAGGAACGGACCGGUAGUAGGAAGAGGAAGGGAACCUACGAAAAGACAGAGGAGUACAAAGGCCUACGACGGGAGUUUGAAGUUGCAAUAGAAAAGUGCUUUGAUACCUUCCUUGGGGUACGAAGGAAGUCAGCAGAGGAGAAAGAAAUGAGGCCGUGGGAAACCCUUGUCGAAUUGCUGAAGGUGGGGAAAGCUCCGAUGGGCAGAGGCAAAGCGAAUCAGGUGGGAGAUAUUACCGGAAUCCUACUAAACAUGCUAAGUCACUGUCGACUAACUCGCUUCAGCUCAUCUACAAAGUACAUAUUAAUAUAUAUGACCUCGUGGGCCUCUUCGAAAUCCACCGACAACCCUCCGCAAAAACCCUCCAGAGAUUGUUGACCACAGAAUCCCACCAGAUACAGGAAUUGAGGUUCCCCAACCUGGUGAUUCUCGCGGCUUAUAGUUCCCUGACCCGCCAGGUGUAUAACUUGGAUAACGCAAAAAAGAAUGGGACGUUAGUCUUUUUGCUACAAAGACUAAGAAGGCAUUUCCGCGAAUACGAUCACUUUAUGAAAACCACCAGGCGUCGUAACCCAGUCGCCGGUACCUUUAUGUCACCUGAAAUGGCAAGGAAGCUUUUGCGCCGGAAAUUCCCUAGAGAGUGGGAGGCGUUGGACAGAGAAAUAGCUCGAAAGAAAAAGAAAGUUAGAGAAAUUAUGCUAGCACAGUCACGUGGUGAUACUGGGGAUCUAGUCCGGACAUCUUUAAUGAGUCGAUAUAAAGGUGCUUGGAGUUGGUGUCGGGGGGCGGCUGGACUAAAUCUUUUGUCUUUACUCCUCUUCCCUUUUAUUUUUACCCUCCCCACUUUCUUACC